AUGCCUCAGUUGAAGAAGCGUACUACCAUCCUAACCCAUCAACCUUGGGUUGGAACUCUUCAGGGAGCAUGGCUGUUUCUGUGUGCCAUUGCUUAUCGAUAUCUCUGUGAGAUUAUAUUUUUCCAGUUCAAGAUACGCGAUCGAAAGUUUUGGGCCACGCAGAGGCCGGACAAAGUUCAGUCUUAUCCGACGCGGCCUACGCUGCGUCAUCACGUCUUCAUCCCUGCAAACCACAAAGAAGGGGAGAAGCACGCAAUAUGUUUUCUCAUUCAUGGCGUUGCUUUCAUCAUUGGCUCUCCAGCGAUGGAUCACGCGCAGGCGCGUUUCUUGGCGGACCAGCAUAACUACGUUGUCAUCGCAGUCAGUUAUCGCCGUGCUCCAGAGCAUCGUUUUCCCACGGCGAUUCACGACGUGGCUGCGGUGAUCACCGCAGCUUUGGACGACAAAUCUUUGCCCAUCGACACUCAAAAGGUUGUCGUGGGCGGCUUCUCAGCCGGUGCUACUAUUGCUCUUGCAGUCGCUCAGAUCCCGGAGCUCAAAGAUCGCAUCAAAGUGUUAGUGACAUUCCAGCCGUUGACCGAUCGGUCAGGCGAAGCUCGUGGUUCCUACCCAAAAGCUAUGCCAUGGGGAGGCCCGGACGAUAUGGAGAAGACUCGUGCGCUUUCAGACUGGGGCUUUCCUUCCCCGGGCCAAGAUAUGCGGGAAAGGCUCCUCAGCCCCUACUAUGCCACUCGCGCCGACAUUCCUCAGCCUGUGUUUUUCAUAACGGGAAGUGCGGACAUGUUAUGCCAAGAGGCAUACUUAUUAGCUUGUAAGCUUGCGAGUCGACAAGCCGACGGUGAUUAUAUCAAGGCUUGGGAGCAAAACGGAGUUAAAUAUUGGUGUGCUAGAGACAUGCCCCACGGGUGGACUCACUUCUGGGUACAGCUCAAGGGUGAAUGGCGCACCAAGCAAUUACAAAUACAGAAUGAGGCUUGGCAAGAGGUUGUUGCAUGGUUGGAAAAAACUCUAUAUAAGUAGC